ACCUUUUUUCUACAGUAUAGUUAAGGAGUAAUAUCUCUUUGAAUUUUCAUUUUCAUUUUCUCACUGUCCUAUAUUCUCUUCUUUUUUUACCUUUAAAAACCCAUGAACAACAAAAGAAAAACUCAUUUCAGGCUCCUUUAAAAAAUCCUCCCAUUCCCUCUUCAUAUUUAUAAAAAGAGUCAAAGUUGAUCAAUAUCAAAUAUUCUACUGUUUUCUUUGCUGUAACACCAAAAUGGAUGAGAGUAACUAUUACUUGAGGAGGAGCCAUGUUCCAGCAUUUGGUAGCUGGGAUUGUAACAAUAAUAAUGAAAUUCCAAUUCCUUUUACAGAGUGUUUUGAAUCAGCAAGGCAAGCUGGUUUGUUUCACUACAGCUAUUCUCAAGACUCUGAUUUGUAUGUCACUGGUGAUCUUUACCAGAAUGAUAUUGUUACACCUACCAUGAUUGUUGUUCCUCGUCCUAAGAAAAAAGCAAGUUACAAAGAAGCAAGAAAAGAAGCAUGGGUGAUGUGUGAUUUUGAGAAAGAACCACCCAGCCCUGUUCCUAUAUCUCCUCCAACUGCUAUAAGUGUGCCCAAAAAGCCUAUUGAUGAAGAUCUCUACAAGAUUUCACCUGAGUUGCUCUAUGCAAAGCCUACAAGGAAGGGCGUCCGGGCAAUCAUCUCGAGCUGUUUGCGCCCUGCUUGUGCUUGUUGAACAUGCUGGAAUCUAAAGCAAAAGAAGAGAAAAUCCAGAAAGUAUAAAACUAGUAGUGUUUUUUUUUUCUUUUUCGCUGAAGAUAGCCUAGUAGUUUGUCUGUAUUUAUGGUGAUUUUGUCUAUAUUUAUAGUGAUGUUUGGAGUAUUUUGUUGGGUUUAAACCAGUAAAAAGUGGCCCAAAAAAGAAGAUAUAAUCUUCUCUAUAUUUCUAAACGUAUGUUUCUUCUUGGAUGUAUUUUGAUGUUCUAGUACUAUACUAGUCUUGGCUUUUUGUAAUUUUAAAAAUCAUGAGGUAGUGUAUGGGAAGUUGGCAUUAUAAGCAUAGAUUAAUAUAUGAGAAAUCUCUCCCUCGUGUCUUUA